UGGUAGUUGGCACUGCCACUGCUCCUCUAUAAACGCAACCCCUCACGAGUUCGGCAAAAAAUACUCCUCUCUCCCCCGAACAAACCCCAGCUGCAUCCAUGGCGAAGCCGCGGCUUCUUCUCUUCCUGCUGGUCGCCGCCACCGCGCUCCUGCUCGUCGCCUCCGCCAAGAAGUCCGGCGACGUCUCGGCGCUCCAGAUCGGCGUCAAGUACAAGCCAGAAUCGUGCAGCAUCUCGGCUCACAAAGGUGACAGAGUUAAAGUUCACUACCGUGGAACACUUACCGAUGGAACAGUUUUUGAUUCUAGCUAUGAAAGGGGUGACCCGAUUGAAUUUGAAUUGGGCACUGGUCAAGUGAUCAAAGGAUGGGACCAGGGAAUUUUGGGCAUGUGCAUUGGUGAGAAGAGGAAGCUGAAGAUCCCUUCAAAGCUCGGCUAUGGGGAUCAGGGAUCGCCACCUACCAUUCCAGGCGGAGCAACUCUCAUAUUCGACACAGAGCUUGUCGCUGUCAAUGGCGAGCCAUCUAGCAAAUCAGAUGAGGAUGACGCUGAUCUGUAGGCAGCUCGGCGCAGCACGAUCGCCCAGUUAUCAAAUCGAAUAGGACUACGUAUGGGAAACUUACUCUUGUAGGGCAGACACAAUGAGACAGGAACAUUGUCUUACCAUGAUCAAACAGAGGAGUCUAGUUCUCAAAAUCGAAUAGAUCAAGUGACUUUUGCUACCCUAUGUAAUUCUCUGGAAUAAUUCUUCUAUCUACCUUGUUACUUCUGCUUUUAUUCUUGGAAUGGUUAUAAAGUACUACUCCUUGCGUUUCUUA